CAUACUGUAUGGUACAGUUUACCUUAUCAGCUCAUUGCUAAUAACUGUUACAGUUGGAUUUAAAAUGUCAACUGAUGUUUGAAUUUUGGGCGGUACUAGAAUCAUUUAUUUAUUCAGGGGAACGUAGCUGAAACAUGUGUAGUACUGGUAUGAUGCCAGAGAAGGAUACACGGUGGCUAUCCCGUGGCAGUGAACGCUGGGAUCCACAACAUAUCCGUGAAAAACUACGCUCAAUGCCAGUCCAGAAGAAAAAAGAAUGUAAAGAAAAACAAAUCAAAGGACCAAUGGUUGUAAAGCCAAAUCUUGCGGGAUCCUCAGCGUCGCUGGGGUCUAUGGAGCGACUAAAUGUCGCUGCAGGUGAACGCAGGUCUCCUUCUCCACACUCGGAUUCACCUUUUAAACAACAGGUUGUAAACGGGAGACCAGGUUCUCCAUCAUCACCAAGAAUUUCCAGAAGGAGAAAUACCUCUCCAGUUAAUUCCAGACCGUCCUCACCAACGACGUUGAUACGCAGAACACCAUCUCCUCAUUCGGAGGGCAACCAAAUCAUUGCAGAUGAAAUCUUUAAAAAGAGGGUAGAAAAAGCACUGCAUGCUCGGCUUUAUCUUCUCCAUCAAAUCGGUCCCAAAUGCUUCCUUAUCGGAGGUGACUCACCUGACCACAAGUACAAAGUGGUGGUAGGACCACAGACCUGUAGUUGUAAUAAAGGACAAUUUUGUGUUCAUGUUUUGUUUGUGAUGCUACGCAUGUUCCAAGUCCAAGAAAAUGACCCACGGCUCCUCUGUAAGACAUUGAGAAAUUAUGAGGUGGAAGAUUUAGUUCAGCGGUAUUUGGAUCGAAGGAAGGGAAAGUUAAAGAAGCCUAACGUCAAUCGAAAGGAAUCAGGCCAACUAGAAAACCUUGAGCUUACAGGAUCUACUGAUAGCCUGGACAGUAGGUCCUCAUGUAGUAGUGAGCACAAUGGCCAUGAGGAAACCUGUCCAAUAUGUCUUCUUGAAAUGAUUGAAGGAGAAAGCCUAGUGAUCUGCCAAGAUGGCUGCCAUAACAGACUACACCAUCACUGUGUAAUGAUAUGGGCUGAGAACUGUAGUAAGGAGAAUGAGUCUUUGAGCUGCCCUCUGUGUCGUAUUAAAUGGACUGUACCAGUGAGCAGUGACGAUACAACGACUACUACCUCCCCAGAAUCUCUUAAUGCUAGACAAAUAUCUCCUACACAAAUGCUCACAGCAACUGAUACAGUCAACAGUAAUGUCCCAGCUCUUUACAAAGCCCAGUAUACAACUUGGACUAAAGUUAUUGGAGAGGACCUUGUGAGUGGGCUUUUCUCUCGCGAAUGGUCAUUGCGUGAAGUCUCACUACACCAGAUAAGUCAUCACAUACGCAAUGUACUUCAAGCGGGUGCCAGUGACACAGUUGGACCACAUGCAGAUGACCAGGAAUUGAGAGAAGUGACAGAGAUUGGUUUGGACAUUGUGGCUGUCAUGUGCGAAGACCCUGUCUAUAAAGUUUAUGUCUCUUCAUUGAAAAUGUUGCGUUGUAUCAUCUCAAAUGAAACAUGCUUUACAGAAAAUAAGAAAAACCUUUUACAACAGCAUUUAAAGCCUGUUUUGGAGGCUAUACUUCUGAAAUGUGCUGACAGUAAUAGGCGGACAAGUCAGCUAUCUGUUUCAGCUAUUGUUGAACUUUGCAAAGGUCAGGAGGGUGAGCUAGCUAUAGGCAGACUCAUUCAAAAUCCAGAAAAUGGAAUGAUAGCUAUAUGGUGUGUGGACUAUUUUCUGUCUACAAUGCUUGUGGAUGGAACUGGUUGGCAGUGGUGGUUAGGCCGACUGAACACUAUCAAUGAGCUGUUUAACAAGUUUCCUUCAGAAUUCACUGUAAGCGCACAAAAUGAGAGUUUAAGCGAAGACCAUAUUAUGACUAUUCUAAAAUUUGUCUUCAAAGUUGUCGGUCAUACACACAUGAUUGUCAGUAAACUGGCCAGGAGGAUUUUCACAAUAGUUACCCGUAGUGUUGUCCAUGACAUGAAAAUCAUCAAUAAAGUUGUUGAUCUCAUGGCAGAGCUCGAACCACAAGAUAGAGGGAGACUUGACAAUCGUUUACGCAAAAUACUUGACGAUUAUGAAAAAGUAUAUGAGAAAGCUUCAUAUAUUGCUCACAUAGAAUGUAACAGCACUGCUGAUGGUGUAACGGAAAACUCUGAAAUUAACAGAGUUUGUGAAUCAGUAUCAUCACAAUGUUCUUGUGGAAGUGUUGAUGAUGGACGAAAUUGUAGAAAAACAACACAGAAUGCACAGAUAAAACAGAGUAAGUCACGAACCAAUACAAAGAGCUCUGAGAAAUCACAAAUACCUCUCUUAAACAUUAAAAAAAAGCGAUCAUCAAGUAGGGAAAAGCGUGGAUGUGCAUCUCCACAAGGGGCAUGUGCUUCUUCAUCAUCACAGAAGGACAAAGAAACUUGUCCUUGUAACCGAACAAGUGUGACGGGAGACUUUUCGGACAUGUCAUUGUCACCGUCGUCACCUUGUGAGAAACCUGUGACAUUUACGACUGAGAUUACUACUCCAUCUCACUCUCCGGAAUCGAUCAAGUACCAGGAUAAGCCUGUAAAGUUUGGAAAUUGCAAAGAAAAGGUUGAACUAGAGGAAGCCGAGGCCAUUGUCGCUGCCAUGGAGACAUCUCUUGGCCAAAGCACACUGCCAGUUGUUCCUGGAUUGACCCUCAGCAAAGAAAAUCAAGAUAUUGUCAUUCAUCUACGAAAUGAGGACAUUGCUAACAAGGAUCAAUACAUAGAAGGGAAGCAUUGGUCUCGCGGUGAGCUGAUUGGAACCGGGGCAUUCUCCUCGUGUUACAAAGCCUGUGACAUGCAAACUGGAACCAUUAUGGCUGUUAAACAAGUUUCUUUUAUACGAAAUACAGUCACGGAACAGGAUAAAGUUGUGGACACGCUGGUAGAAGAGAUUUCUCUGCUCUCCAAGUUGGACCAUCCAAACAUUGUGCGCCUUCUUGGCGCCACCAAGCAUAAUGGCCACUUUAACAUGUUCACAGAAUGGAUGCCCGGCGGUUCAAUUGCAUCCAUUUUGUCAUCCUUCGGUGCCUUCCGAGAGGCUGUUUGCAUUGGCUACCUUAAACAGAUUUUCAGAGGUUUAGGUUACCUUCAUCAAAAAUACAUUAUACAUCGUGAUUUGAAAGGUGCCAAUCUGUUGGUUGACAGCACUGGUCAGCACCUUCGUCUAGCUGACUUCGGAACAGCUGCCCAAAUGGCGUCACACCUCACCGGAGCGGGAGAGUUCACAGGUCAGCUGACUGGAACAAUUGCCUUCAUGGCUCCAGAGGUUUUGCAGGGUGAAACAUAUGGGCGAGCAUGUGAUAUCUGGAGCGCUGGGUGCUGUAUGAUUGAAAUGAUCACGUCCAAACCACCGUGGGAUGCAGCUGACAUAUCUAACCAUCUCAAACUUAUCUUCAAGAUUGCAAGUGCCAAUGGACCACCUCCAGUCCCAGACGUCCUUAGUCCUGCCGCUCGUGAUCUAGUGCUGCGGUGCCUGGACAGUAAUCCAAAAGAGCGUCCUCAUGCUGUGGAUCUUCUGCUUCAUGCAGUUUUCACUCGCAUGUAAUUCAUAAAAUAAUGAAUUAUGUAAUGGGCUUGUAUUUGUUAAGCCCCAUACAAUCCCUUCAUUUCAGGGCACCUUAAUAAUUUGUAACAGGAGCAACCAAUACUAACCUUAUGAAAACCAUAUAAACCCGAUAUAACCUUAUUUAUUCUGCUUAGGUUUUAAAGCAUUUUCUGUUGGUGCUACAUAUGUUUUUAUUGUAUUUUUGAUAAUUUCUUCUGAAAUUUGAGAUACUACAGUAUUAUGCCAUUUUUAUCAACUUUCUAGCAUUAUUUUAUGGUAUUGUAUCUGUGUUUGUCCCUUAAAAAUUAUAUAUACUUUGGACAACUAAUAAUUUUUAUUUUAUUAUUAUUUUUAAUAGUGUGUUUGUGGCGAAGACAGGCCAAACCAGUCAAUCCUCAAAAAAUCAAUUUUUAGUUAUGAAUACAGGGUUAAACAGUAAAAUGAAAGUGUUAAAAUGGUGAAAGAAUCAUUUUUACAUGCAAUGUUUUGUUGUGAAGUUAUAGGAGUUUUAACAUACAGCUGUGUAAAUAACAGUAUUUGAGAAAUCAUCCCUCAAAGUUGACGAUUUGGGGGAAUUCUCAGGCAGAGACCAUCAACAAAUCGUUGAAAAAUGUUGUUUUUAUUGUUGAAAGUGAGGGAAAAUAAGAACUUAGCAUGAUGUAUAGAUAUAUAAGUGUUAGUUUAGUACAAUAAAAUAGAUUUUAGAAAUGUUGACAUUCAAACAUGUUUUGUCCAUUAUCUCAGAAACAUGAUUUGUGACUGACUGGUUUGGCAUGUCUUUGCCAUAUUUAAUGCUUUAACCAUAAAUUAUUAGGUUCUGAUACAUCAGUUGCAAAAAAAAACAACUGACCUGCUUGUGGAGGCACUCAGCCAUAACAAGCCUAUGAUUGUUUUAAAGUGUUUUGUCAUAUGGUAUAUAAUUACAUAAUGACAUAGUACUCUUAUUUAAAAGCAGGUGUCACCAUAUGCUUUCUUAGCAGACAAGAAAGCAUGAUUUUAUUAUACAGUAUACCAUAUAUACUCGCGUAAAGGUGACCCGUGUGUAAGACAACCCCCGAGUUUUCUUUUGCGAUUUGUAUUUUCGCCCUCUUAUACGCAAGUAUAUAUGGUACAUUGUACAGUGCGAUUAUUAUCUGUAUCAUUUCCGUAUCUCUGUACAGUAAUUGUAAAUAUAAAUUAAGUCAAAUUUUAUUGAAUGUAAUAUAGGUUUAAUUUGCCCAUUGACUCUACUUAAACCAUUCUUGAAUGAAAUGGGCAUCUUAAACCAUAUUUUAUGGAAGAUUUGAGGUUUUCCCCUUUUCAAAAUAUAUUUUUAUUCAACUGGACUCUGAGUACACCUUAAAAUUGCCUGUCUGUCAAAGUAAUCAUUUCAAUGGUUUUAUUAAACACUGCCUUGUUAUAACAUGAUAAAUCAUGUAUAGUCCUUAACCACAAAGAAUCUUACCAUUUGUAAUAAUGGACCAAAUACCAAACUAUUUUGAUAGUUACCCAUGUUGAACAAGAAAUUAAAUUUCUUACUAUUAUGCAAACAAUUCAAUAAAUAAGUCAAAUGCAAAAUGAAUCAUACUUAAAUUUCACAUGAAGUACUUAGUAUUUCUAAGUGAUUUUAUUUUAAAUAGUUUUAAUAAUAUUACAUCCUUUUUUUAUUACUUUUUUUUUGGGUCGUACAUUAAUGUGUGAACGAAAAAUGUAAUGGUUAACUAAUGUUGCCAUGGGAAAAUUAAGAUAUUAGUAGGUUCUUAAAAUAUGACUGCUUUGUUUGGAAAAUCGUUACACCCAUAUGGGCGGAGGCUAGGUGUGGGGAUGGGAUGCCGAUGCACCACCAUGGUAGCAAAUAUUAGUUCCACUAAGUGGGUUAAAAUACUAAAAAUGAAUGAAUCUUUUCAUUGUAAUAAGGAUUUAGUUCCACAUUCUCAAUUUUUGCACUCCCAGCCGAACUAGCCUACACCCUUCUAAACUCUGAGGUCAUGUAAAUUGUAAAACAUGACUGGAACAGUAUCUGGAUUUACAUUUUGUCAUGUGAUGUAUGAUUUAUCUAAUUACUGUGUUGUCCUAGUUAGAGCAUAGCUUAACCAAUAACCAGUCUAUUAAUUCAUGAUCAUUUGAUGAAUACAAUAUAAAGCAAAUAUAACAAUUUCAAUAUGGUAAUAAUGAAGUGUUAUUAUUGUCUGCAUUUUCCGAUACUGCCAAUAUUUAGGGGUGGAUUCAAUUGUAAAGUUGUACAGUAUUAUGAUAUUCAAAUACUAACUAUGACAUCAGAAUUGUAUUCCAUAGACCAAGAGAUAAAAGUUUUCUUCCCAUUUUGUAUGCCAUUGAUAUUUUUUUUAAAUAAUUAAAUUAAUUGUGUUCAACAUCAGAGAUUAUCUUCACAAAUGUUUAAAAAAAUAUUAAGAAUUUUAGUCCAAAUUUAAGCCCCAAUAUGAAAUUGCAAUAUUCUAUGCAUGUCAUCACCUUGUUUAAAGUACCACCUAAUUUAAAAUAUUUUUUUUUUCAAAAUAUUUUCCCUUAAAAAUAAAGGUGUUUGAUAUCACAGAUAUUUUUAGAUGAAGAUGUAUAUUUUCUACAGUUUUUAAACUAAGUGUCUUUGUAAAGAUAUCCCCUUGUAUAUAAAUUAAACAUUCCCAUCGUGUUGUAAACAUUUUAUCUGUGCUCUGUGAAGCAUGUAUUUCUAGCAGCUCUAUUGGCCUUUGCAGUCAAUUGUCCAAUGCUGUAUAUUGUUUGUCCAAGUGCUGUUUUAGUAAUAGCAAUAAAUGAUAAAAGGCUGUUGUUGGAGAUUGUGUUUGUGAUGUUGCUGUUUUUAAAGGUAUAAUAUGUACUGUGCAGUUGUUCUGUUAACAACGUAUGAAAAUCAAUAAAGUAUAUAAAUGGAUUUC